AAGUAGUGGAAAAAAUGUUUGUUUAAAUUUGUUUAUUCACUGAAAGCAAAUGAACUAGUCUAGGCCUAGAUAUCAAGAUCCAUAAGUCCAAGAUAGUAGAUAAAUCUAGAAUCUAGUUAGGACUAGAAUCUAGAUUUCCAUCGCCGUUCAUUAUGUUGUAAAUCUCUAAAAUAAAUGUACAGACGAGAUUGACUCCUCAGUGACGGAACCACGACAAGAAUCAAGAUUGAAGAGAGGUAAUCACAGGUAUUGAGGAGGGUAAAUAUCGGCACAGUUUACAAAACACUGGGUGCAUCAAAUUCUAAAGAAAGUGCCACCAUGAGGGAGGAGGAGGUGGAGGUGGCCAUCAAGGUCGUUGUUGUUGGUAAUGGAGCUGUUGGAAAAUCUAGCAUGAUUCAACGUUAUUGCAAGGGCAUUUUCACAAGAGAUUACAAGAAAACAAUUGGGGUGGAUUUUUUAGAAAGACAAAUAGAGGUUGAUGGUGAAGAUGUGCGUCUGAUGUUAUGGGAUACAGCUGGGCAAGAGGAAUUCGAUGCCAUAACCAAAGCUUAUUACAGAGGUGCUCAAGCUUGUGUCCUGGCAUUUUCUACUGUUGACAGGGAGUCAUUUGAAGCCAUAGAAUCUUGGAAAAAAAAGGUUGAGAAUGAAGUGGGAGAAAUAGCCAUGGUGAUUGUACAAAAUAAAAUAGAUCUGAUUGAUGACGCUCUUGUUCAAACAAAUGAAGCAGAAGAUCUUGCAAAGAAGCUCAGACUUCGCUUUUACCCCACAUCAGUGAAAGAGAAUUUAAAUGUUGAAGAAGUGUUUAGGUACCUGGCUGGCAAAUAUCUGGAAAGGUUGAAUACAGUGAUUGAGCCAGAGACAGGUACUCAGAGAAUUGGAGAAGGUUUCAUCCAUAUGGAUUCUUCUAACCAUAACUCAGACAGAAAUACAAUCAGCUUACAAUCUGGCAAGAAGAGAACGCUGGGUAAAAAGUCAAUGUUUACUCACAAGUGUUUGUUAUGAUAUUAUUCUUAUGCUCUGGUUUUUUAGCUAUUUUAUGGUAGUUACUGAAAUAUUUAUCUAGUUAAAUUAACUUAAAAGAUAAUAAAAAUUUCUUGUAUGCCAUUAGCACCUCCACAAAGUAUAAUGUGAAAGAAAAUAUAGCAAAAGCCUUUUGGUUUAUAAAAAAAAUUGUCCACUUCUAUUGUGUUUUUGUUCCUCUGGAACUUUUUGUUCCUUUGGGACUUAAGAAUUAGUGACUUAAAUAUUAUGUUAUUGUUCUGCUCUUGCAGGCACAUUGUACAUUUACACUGCUAGUCCAUUAGAGUUGUACAAAAGUUUGUACUGACACAAUUUUUUACCAACAUUAGUUGCUUAAGGUCACCAACAUUACUGCUAGUUUAUAGUGGUCCAUUUGUUUGUAAGAGUGAUGUUAAAAUUUGCAAAUAUUUUUUGUUUAUUUUGUAAAAGCCAGUCAGUUAGAGCCAAUGUCAAAGGACUUAUAAAAUCUCUGUUUAACUUGUGAUGCCAUAGUCUUGCUGUUGAUGACUAAAGGAGCUGAGUGUAACCUAGGACUUUGUGUAUACCAUGUGGUGGUGGACUUAUAGUAUUAUUCUACUUAACUCAUUGUUUACUGCUGUACGUGUGGCUCAUAUUUAUUACUGUGUGCUGUUUAUUUUUUGUUUUAUUAUCAACUAACCCUGUUGUUUAUUUAAAUACCUGUAAUCGCAGGGAAUCUGAGGAUCGUACUUCGCAUUUCAUUUUUUUUUUUAAAUUUGUUUACAAAACUUACUUUGUACUUGCAAGAAAUAUUUUUUGUUAGUUGCAAUACUCGAUGCAAUUUUAUGCUGUUUUAAUGUUUAAAUUAUUGUUAAGACUUAGACACAAAUUACUGCUGAAUAUCUCUUGUAUGCAAAAGGUACUUACAAUGCAAACAUUGUAUUGAAAUGUAUAAUUGUAUAUUUGCUGAUUAUUACAUGGCGCUUUCUAGUUGAGGUUAUGCAUGACAUGUACAUUCCAUUUUACAAAAACAUUUUUAGAACUAUUCCAUUUACCAUUGGUUUUUUUUAAAUCUUUGUAUAUUUUAAAACAAUCUCAUUACUAUUUUUACAGAAAAAAAAAUGAUUGUAGAUUUGAAAUAUUUUUUUAAACAAAGCAGUUUGAUACUGAAUAUUUUUAAUCAAAGUACAAAAUAAAAUUCAAGUGUAAUUGGUAGAAUUUUCACUCUGAAAAAUAAUUGUUCUUUGUAAAUAUAAUAUACACUAAAUCAGGAGAUUCUGCCAAUGUGGCAUAUUUGUAUGAAUAUAUUUACAGCUUUUUGGUGUAGGAGUGAAGCAAUCUCACAGCUAACUAUUUAUUCUGUGCUUCUCAACUUUUGCUAAUGCAGAUCUCUAUUUUUUCCUUUACAAGCCUUGUUGUUAAGGUUGAAAAAGGUUGUGAUGACAACAAAUGAAGUAUAUUUUACAGGAAGUGAUGAGUCCUUUAAACUAAAAUUUGUUUCAUGUGAUCAAGUAACUUCAUGUGAUGUAUACUUCAAAUAGGGAAAUAUUUAUUGACAAAUGAAAGGUUCAAAUUUCGUUUAUAUGCAAUAUUAUACCAAUGCCAAGGUGACCUAGGAGUCAGUGUGGCCCAAGAGUCAGUGUGUAGUUAGCACCACCUAGUAGCCGCACCUGACGACUCCAUAGUCCAACACUGUCCACAAUUUGUGAUAUUUUAAACAUUGCUUUAAGAAACUACCAUAUGUGAACAAAAAAUUGUUAUACGAGUAAAUACAUCAAAAAUAGAUUGUGAUAGCAAUAAUUACCUUGCUUCUUAUAUAAUCUUCCCUAGGCCAGAAAAGCCAAGUAUAAUUUCAUGUUUUUUAUCAUGUAUCAGUGAUCUCUUGCCAGUGGUCCAAACUUUGUACUUAAUUUGUACUUAACUAAGUAUUUUUAAAUUGGUUAUUAUAACAAGCUGGUCAACAUUUUUUUUAUGGUUCAGUCAUGGGAGUGGGAGGUUAUUUUUUAUGUUGAUUUUUUAAUUAUACAGAUUGAUCUGUUUAACACAUUUGAUUGUAACAUUAUCUGGCAGCCUAGGUUUUUUUUGCUAUGUUAAUCAAAAUGGGUGGCCACUGGAAGUUGCAGCCAAAUGUAAAUGUAUGUCAGCAUCAGACUGGGGUGGUGGGCUAGUUGUUAUCAUGUAUUUGCUUAACCUGUUAAUCCUUUUUUUUUCUCAUUUUUCUUGCUUUAAUGGAGUCUUAAAAUAAGAAAACAUUUAUUGUUAUCAUUGUGCAAACAUCUUUAUAUUCUUUAAAAAAGGAUGUAAUUUAAAAAGAGCAAAACCCUGUCUACUUACAGUCCUCAUAGAUUUACUGCUGUAUUUUUAAAGCUCAUAUUGUUGAGGGGUGGACUUUUGUUUUGACUUGUAUCUUUAAAUGAUUUUAUUUUAAAUUACUUUUUAUCUGUUUCUUAUGACUGUCAGUUUUUAAGUUGUUUUUUCUUUGCCAAAAAUAGUUUACACCUUCAUGGUUUUCUUGUGUCCAGAGGAAAAUUUUUUACAGAGAAAUUUUUUUGAUAUUACUUUCUAUUGUUGACCAUUCACUUCACCCUGUAUAAAUGAAAAUAUAGGCCUACUGCUCCUUGUAUGACUGACAAUAUACAGCUACUUAUAUUACCGACCAAUUACUGCUGAUUUACUCUCAUACUUUUA